AUGGCUAACGAAAAGGAUGCUAACCGAAAAGUAAUUGAUAGUGUUUUACGUUGUAUUGUUUAUUUAGAAAAAAUCCUAAUGCUUUUAAUGGAACAAGUAAAGGUUGAAAAUGCAACAUAUAAUGACAUUUUGGAAGAAAUAAUAACAAAAGUAGACGCUAUCAAGCAAACUGUGACUGAAACUUUCAAAGCGCAAGAUUAUCCAGAUGACCCAAAAAAAGUAACAUUGUUACGCUAA